CUGAACUAGGCCGGACGCCCCGCAUACCUCCCUCUCCUAGACAAGCAUUAAAAUGGUCGCCACCGGACUGGCCGUGGGCCUUAACAAGGGCCAUGUGGUCACUAAGCGGGAGCAGGCUGUGCGCCCGUCUCGCACCAAGGGGCGUCUUGGCAAGCGCGUCAAGUUCGUCCGCGAGGUGAUUCGCGAUGUGGCCGGCCUGGCCCCCUACGAGAAGCGCAUCAUGGAGCUUCUGAAGGUUGGCAAGGAUAAGCGCGCCCUGAAGGUGGCCAAGCGGAAGCUGGGCACCCACAUCCGCGGCAAGCGGAAGCGUGAGGAGCUGGCGGGCCUGAUGCGCAAGAUGAAGAAGUAAAGGAGCCAGGUGGCGGCUCUCACGGCAACUUGCCAUGUGUAACGCGUGGAGUUGGGACUGGCGCUGUCUGGGGUCCCGUAGUGCGCGUGUAGCGGACUGCAGGAGCGCAGCACGGCAGCGUCAGCGUCAGCGAGCCUUGGCAUAGAGCAGCCAGCAGCACAGCAGCAUGGCGGGUUGGGCAGGGGGAGCGUCGCGGAGCGAAGCGGGGCUGCAGGAGCGGCGCAAGGUGGACGGUGGCUGUCUGCAAUGGCGCGGCUGGGCGGGAAGCGCACAGCGCUCGUUGCGGCGUUGCCUACGGCCGCAGGGCCCGGCAGAAUCCGGCGGCAGGUGCUGGUUAUGCGGGGCCAAGCACCUGCUGGCCAAGCAAGCUGGCGGCGCCUCCGCUGAAGCGGAGGCUGCACGUGCAUGGGCACUGACCAUCCGGGGGCAGUAGUGUGGCAUGUGCGGUUGGUGCCAGCCAGUGCUGAGCCAUGCGCCGACACCCGGACCGGGGGGGAGGGAAGGACGCAGUGUGCAGGCAGGGGUCAGGAGCGUCAGCAUCUUUGGGGCGCACGCGCAGCGUUAUCAUAGUCACCUGCGAUGAUUUGCAGAAGCGAUGACAGCAAAACACAUAAUGUUGGGAGAACAAUGCAUAUGCGUUUGCUGGCGACGCCUCGCUUGACAGCCAAGGAAAGACAGUGCCGCGGGCAGAUGGGACCCCCAGGGACCCGUGCAUGGGUCAGUAAACAACGUGUUUCCACGGUGCGUGUCGUUUCUGCGACCCCAGCUCAUUCCAUUGUACACCGAGAUUGCGAUGGGUGAAGGGGUCGGGCAACGUCAGGCCCUGGACUUGGUACGCUUGCAAAGGGCUCAGGGAGUCGCAUCACAGCAGGCGGGCUUAGGUGCAAAACACAGUGAAGCUCCAGCCGCAGGAAGGCCCCAAUUAUUGGUUGCAUGGCUCUCAAAUGAAAAUUUUCCAA